AUGCCGGACAUUCGGUCGUUCUUUGCCCCCAAGGGUGGCCAGGCCGCAGCUCCCAAGGUCUCACCCGCCAAGGAAGCUGCCGCACCGCCCAAGGCGAAACGAACAAAAGGCCGAAAGGUCGUCGACGAUAGUGAUGAUGAUGCUCCUGCGCCGCCGAAGGCCGUGGCCAAAGUGGCGCCAAAAAAGAAGCAGAAGCCGGAUACCGAACCCAAAGGUGUAGCCAUAUCAGCCGACGACUAUUUUGCCUCAGCAAAGGACACCAAGAGUUCCGAGACACCGAAAAAGAGUAGCAGGUCCGAAAGCAAGCUGCAGAUCGAUGAAUCAACCCCCGUACGCUCCAGCCCUCGAAAGAAGCAAUCCUCGACAAAAGCGACCACGCCUCCCCAAACCUCGUCUCCUCCCAAGAGAAAGGCCUCAGCGUCGUACCAUCAGCACAACGUCGACGACGAUGAUGCCUAUAUGGAAGACGCCGAUGAAGAUGCCGACGACAUCCAUGCCGCCGACGUCAAGGGCCGAAGCAAAAGAAAGACCGAUACGUAUGUCGAGGAGGAGUCCGAGGAUGAUGUGUUGCCACAGCCCAAGCGAGUUGCCGCCCGAAGACGCCCCGCGGCCGCGAGCAAGGCCGCCAUUGAACCGGAAGUGAAGACAAAAGCCUCACCGACGAGUCGAAAACGGAAAUCACCGGCACCGGAAGAGGACGAGGAGGACGAGGAGCUCCCGAGGAAGAAGCCUGCCCCAGCGAAACCCCGGGCCCCGCGAGCGAAGAAAACGGAGGAACCGGAGGACAGUCAGAUUCAGGAUAUUCUUGACAGUGUCGUAACAGUUCGGCCCCCCACGCCUCCCCCAAAGGAUCCAAAUGCAAAGUUCGACUGGAGGAAGUCGGCCGCUGGAGGAGGUAACGCAUCGGCUCAGCCCGUCGCAACGGCGGACAUCCCAGAAGGCGAAGAGGAGUGCCUCAGCGGCCUCUCCUUCGUGUUCACGGGAGUCCUACGAACAAUCGGACGCGACGAAGCCCAGGCCCUCGCUAAACGGUACGGCGGCAAGGUGACGGGCCAACCGAGUAGCAAGACGAGCUUUGUUGUACUCGGAGAAGAUGCUGGCCCUAGCAAACUAGCAAAGAUCAAGUCGCACGGCAUCAAGACGAUCGACGAGAACGGCCUCUUCGACCUUAUCCGCAAGCUGCCUGCCUAUGGCGGGACGGGCAAGGGGGCACAGAAGGCUCUGGAGAAGAAGAAAGAACAGGAAGAGAAGGUGAAGCAGCAGGUGGCCGAGAUGGAGGCGGAGGAAAAGGCCAAGAAAGCCGAGGAGGCAGUGGCUGCUAAGAAAGCGGCCGCUUCCCGCGGCACGGCCGCCCCGGCAUCGCAGCCUGCCCAGCAACCUACCCUUCUACUCACCUCCAAGUAUGCGCCCACCCAGCUGAACCACAUCUGCGGCAACAAGGCCCAGGUCGAGAAGAUUCAGUCGUGGCUUCGAAACUGGCCAAAGUCGAAAAAGUACAACUUCCAACGACGGGGUGCCGACGGCCUCGGCGGAGAGCGCGCCAUCAUCAUUUCUGGCCCACCCGGCAUCGGCAAGACGACAGCGGCACACCUGGCUGCCAAGCUGGAGGGCUACGACAUCCUGGAGAAUAAUGCCAGUGACACGAGGAGCAAGAAGCUUGUGGAAGCUGGCGUGAGCGACGUGAUGAACAACACGUCGCUCCUGGGGUAUUUUGCCGGCGACGGCAAGGCCGUGGACGCGAAGAAGAAGAAGCUUGUGCUCAUCAUGGAUGAGGUGGACGGCAUGUCCUCGGGCGACCGCGGUGGCGUCGGCGCCCUGGCCAAGUUCUGCAAGAAGACGGAGGUUCCCCUAAUCCUCAUCUGCAACGAGCGACGGCUGCCCAAGAUGAAGCCGUUCGACCAUGUCGCCUUCGACAUUAGGUUCAACCGCCCGACCGUGGACCAGGUGAGAUCCAGGGUCAUGACAAUUUGCCACCGAGAAGGGCUGAAGCUCCCCGUCCCCGUUGUCGAUGCGCUCAUCGAGGGCAGCAACAAGGACAUCCGGCAAAUCAUCAACAUGGUGUCGGCCGCCAAGCUGGACCAGACCACCAUGGACUUUGACCAAGGCAAGGCGAUGACCAAGGCGUGGGAGAAGCACGUCGUGCUGAAGCCGUGGGACAUAUGCCAGAAGAUGCUCGGUGGCGGCCUGUUCGCCCCCGCGAGCAAGACUUCGUUGAACGAGAAGAUUGAGCUCUACUUCAACGACCACGAGUUCAGCUUUCUCAUGAUUCAGGAGAACUAUCUGCGAACGAAACCCAUGGCCCUCAACGGCAAAGGGUACACAAAGGCAGAGGAAAGGCUCAAGGCGCUCGAGCUUUUCGACAACGCCGCCGAGAGCAUCAGCGACGGCGAUCUCGUUGAUCGAAUGAUUCACGGGCCGCAACAGCAGUGGAGUCUGAUGCCAACGCACGCCGUCUUUAGCACGGUGCGGCCGGCCAGCUUCAUUGCCGGCCAGCUCAUGGGGUCCGGCUUCACCUCCUGGCUCGGAAAUUUCAGCAAAACCGGCAAGCUCGGCCGGUAUGUGCGAGAGAUUCACUCGCACAUGCGACUCAAGGCAUCCGGCGAUCACAACGAGAUCCGUCAAGAGUACAUGCCGAUACUCUGGAACCUGCUCGUUAACCGACUGCAGAACGAGGGAACAGACUGCGUCGGCGAGGUCAUCGAGUUGAUGGACAGCUACUAUCUCACCCGGGAAGACUUUGACGCUAUCCAGGAGCUCGGCGUGGGCCCGAUGACGGAUGAGAAGGUGCACAUAGAGACGAAAACCAAGGCAGCCUUUACGAGGACGUACAAUGCAAUGAACCACCCCCUUCCUUUCAUGAAAGCCAGCAACAUCGCGGCGCCGAAGAAGCAGGCGAAGGAGGCUCCCGACCUGGAGGAAGCGAUCGAAGAGGAGGAUGAAGCCGAGGCCGUCGAUGCCCCCGAGGUCGACGAGGACGAGACUGACCUCAAGAAGGACAAAUACAUCAAGCAGCCAAAGGUCAAGAAGCCGAGCAAGAAGGCGACGAAAGCAGCGGGGGGAGAUGAUGAGGGGGACGAGAAACCCAAGGGCCGGGGGAAGGGGAAGGGGAAGAAGGCAACAAAGUGA